AUGCGUCACCAGACACGGUGAUCACGUGACCAUAACGAUACAGUCACUGCACAGCUGAGAGAGAUGCGAGCAAGUCAGCUGACUGUCAUAAAUCCGUGAAUAAUACACCGUUUCUGCAAGAAGACGGGGAGAUGGUUACGAACGAAUACAUUUUUCCAGCCAAUGCAGCAGAUACACGGCUUACCAUCAUAUAUUGUAUUCCUCCCAAAGCAUCGUUUUCUGUCUAAAUGUCAAUGUCUCUAGCUAGCCAAAUAGCUAGCUAAGGCCAGGGGGAGCUGGUGUCGACGUCCAAACAGUUGCCCACAGCAGUGGGAGGAGAGGUGUGUCACCCACACCAGGGCGCCAUGACUACACCAGGCUGCUGCCACCUGCCUGGAUCCCUGUGUGACUACUCAGGCAGCACUGCCGACCUGCCCAAGGAGGUAGAGGAGCCAGAUGCCGGCCAGGCCCAGUACGUCGCUAAGGUUACGGCCAAAGAUGGCCGCCCACUCUCCACUGUUGUCAAGGCUAUGGGCUCACAGAGUAAUGAAGGCAUGUGUCGGAUCUGCCACGAGGGGGCCGGUGGUGAGAUGCUGCUCUCCCCUUGCAGUUGCACAGGGACCCUGGGUAAGGUGCACAAGAGCUGCCUGGAGAAGUGGCUGUCCUCCUCCAACACCAGCUACUGUGAGCUCUGCCACACCGAGUUCACCGUCGAACGGCGACCCCAGCCCCUCACACAGUGGUUGCGGGACCCAGGCCCGCGCAGUGAGAAGCGCACGCUUCUGUGCGACAUGGCCUGCUUCAUGCUCAUCACGCCACUGGCGGCCAUAUCUGGCUGGCUGUGUCUGAGGGGAGCCCAGGACCACCUGACCCUCAACAGCCGGCUGGAGGCUGUGGGCCUCAUCGCCCUCACCAUUGCUCUCUUUACCAUCUACGUCCUCUGGACACUGGUAUCGUUCCGCUAUCACUGUCAGUUAUACUCGGAGUGGAGGAGGACCAAUCAGAAAGUGCGCCUGCUCAUGCCUGAAAUUAAAGGAGCUCACUCUACCCAACAUUGCGUCCCGACCAAGUCGACCAAGAAAAUGACUGACGAGACCAUCGUAUGAGCACUGGUCUCACUUAAAGUGUAAUAUAUCUUGAACUUCUGCACUUGUGGACCAUUCUGGGGAUUAUUUCUCCAUAAUCUCUAUUUGAAACACUUAAGCCCAGAUAUGAACUAUAACCAGUGUUUUUGGGACGUGUUGGACUCGUGUCACUGAUGUCAUCGCUGGAUUAUGAACACUGGCCUGGAAAAUCAGGACACUAAUGGAAGGACACAGUUAAUGUAGCAGGAUGUAACUGAUGCAGCAUGUUAAUACAGUAUAUCUGAAACAUACUACUACACCCCCCCCUCACAAUGUAUUUAGCUGUUUUUUUGGAAAACUGGCAUCCAAUAGCCCUAUGAAUUUACUCUCUCAGAACAAUGACCACGUGAACAACCAAGUCUAAAUAUGAUGUUUUCUGUUGUUAACUCUUUGCCCUUUGGAAGUUGGUGGGAGAGGGGGGGAGAGAGAGAGGGAGAGAGAAGGGAACAAACUGCAAUGUUUUGGAGUGGGCUUUGGAGUGUCAGUCAAUGUAUGCUAAAAUUUUAUGUUGCACUCCCUUGAGUAAGCUGGAUCAUUGUGCAAUAAAACAUAAGGGACUCUUGGUCUUUGCAGUCGGCA